GUCGCACGUCUCCCGCCGUCAGUCCAGACGCAGACACUAAACUAACUGACUCCGGAGCGCAUUUGUCUGUCAGCACCUGCACUGUCCUGUCUGUUCAGUUUAAUGGCAAGUCGGACUGCCCUGUGAUUCACCAACACACAUUAUGAGCAUAGAGUCAUCCCUGCAGGCAACUAAACCUCUGCUGGUGCUUCCAUAACUCCUCAUAAAAGCGAAUAAAUCAACAGCGGGACAUCCAUCACAGGAAAUGGACCUAAACUCCAAUAAGAAGACCUCCUCCUGGACCAGUUUGAACACUUUUCAAUGGUGCUAAACUUUCUACUCACUGAUGUCGACGCAUAGCUGGGAUUCAGCAGCUACCUGUUAACUUUCUGACAGAUGUCUGCUGAAACUGUCCGCCUCAAGGAGCAGUGAAAAGACAAAAAGAACACCACUGUGAGCUGUGUCUGUGGUUGAGUCUGUAAUUAUGGGGAAAGAGCAGGAUUUGCUGGUGGCAGUGAAGAGUGGGGAUCUUCUGCUGGCGCACAAACUCCUCUCUAAAGUCAAGUGCAACAAAGCAAAGUUGCUGGGCUCCACCAAAAGACUGAACAUCAACUACCAAGACUCAGACGGUUUCUCAGCCCUGCACCAUGCUGCUCUGACGGGCACCACCGAGCUGUUGUCUCUGCUGCUGGAGGCCCAGGCUACGGUGGAUAUCAAGGACAUCAACGGUAUGCGUCCCCUUCACUACGCAGCGUGGCAGGGUAAAGCCGAAGCGGUCCUACUUCUAUUGAGAACCGGCGCUUCGGUGAACUCGCCUUCCCACGAUGGACAGAUACCCUUACAUCUCUCUGCUCAGUAUGGACACUAUGAGGUGUCGGAGAUGUUGCUCCAGCACCAGUCUAAUCCUUGUCUGAUGAACAAGGCGAAAAAGACACCUCUGGAUCUGGCCUGUGAGUUUGGCAGACUGAAGGUUGCUCAGUUGUUGCUUAGCAGUAAUAUGGUGGCAGCGCUCCUAGAAGGGGAGGGAGGGCGUGAGAGCACCGACUCCCCAUCCACCACCCCUCUCCACCUGGCAGCCAGGAACGGACACAAAGACAUCAUCAAGUUGCUGCUCAAAGCUGGUAUUGACAUCAACAGAACCACCAAAGCGGGGACGUCCCUGCAUGAGGCUGCCCUCUACGGAAAAACCGAAGUAGUGCGACUGCUUCUCGAUGCGGGCAUCAAUGUGAACAUGCGCAACACGUACAAUCAGACAGCUCUGGACAUCGUCAACCAGUUCACCACCUCCACAGCCAGCAGGGAAAUCAAACAGCUGCUGAGAGAGGCGUCCAGUUCCCUGCAGGUUAGAGCAGUGAAGGACUACUGGAACCUCCACGACCCCACCGCCCUUAACCUACGGGCUGGAGACCUCAUUAUGGUUCUGGAGCAGCACUCAGACGGCCGCUGGAAAGGUCACAUCCACGACACCCAACGGGGGACGGACCGGGUGGGCUUCUUUCCCCCGUCAGUGGUGGAAGUCCUCAGCAGAAGAGCAGGGGGCACCCUGUACCGCCAAGCCUCAAUGACAUGCCACCGACAACACUUGGCAUCCAGAGCUCCUCCCCCCAGCCACGGCCCCACUCCCCAGAAUGACGACUCUUACACCACUGCCUAUGAUCCUGCAGGUGCUCCACCUGGCAGUCAGCUCUCAGCCCCAGCUAGUCCUGCUAGCCCCACUCAGGACAUAUGGGUCCUCAGGAGUUCUCCCACUGGUGACAGAAACAGUGUUGGCAGUGCUGGCAGCGUGGGCAGCAGUCGCAGCGCUGGUAGCGGCCAAAGCUCUGAGAGCAGUCACAAGCAGAAUGGGACCCAAAGUCGCCACAAUGCAGACAAUGGCAAGCUGACUCCCUCUGCUGGUGAAUCAGGAGAUCACAUCCACCUUUCAGGAUCUGACCACAGCAAACAUGUUGACGGAUCAGCAGGUGGGUCUCGUCGGCAGGUCAAUGGCACUCCCCAGAAAGGCUUCCUCAGACCUGAGCAGCUUCUGGAGGGCAAGGACGCCGAGGCUAUCUACCAGUGGCUGUGUGAGUUCCAGUUGGAGCAGUACACCUCAAACUUCAUAAACGCAGGGUAUGAUGUACCCACCAUCAGCCGGAUGACCCCUGAGGACCUGACAGCCAUUGGAGUCACCAAACCAGGCCAUCGAAAGAAGGUCGCAAUGGAGAUCAGCAAACUGAGUAUUCCGGAGUGGCUGCCUGAUUACAUUCCUUCGGACCUUGGAGAGUGGCUGAGUGUGAUCGGGCUGCCUCAGUACCAAAAGAGAUUGUGCGACAAUGGUUAUGACUCCAUCACUAUUGUCAAAGACAUCACAUGGGAGGAUUUACAGGAAAUAGGCAUCACCAAACUGGGUCAUCAAAAGAAACUAAUGUUGGCAGUAAAGAGGCUUUGCGACCUGCAGCGUUCUCGUAACCAUGUCGACAGAACUGGAGGAGGAACCCUACAACGCAAGCCCCCAGCCGCUCUGGAACUAGUGGCCAUCGAACACACACCGACACACAACGUGCACGCUCACGUACGCUCUGACGCUCCCUCCGACGACUGCUGCCCAUCCCCUCGCACUCCACGGACACUGCUCUCCUUCCAGGACAGCGAGUUGAGUGCCGAGCUGCAGAGCGCCAUGAUGGGCAGGGCAGGAGGAGGAGCUACAGAGGCGUUCUGCAUCAGAGGCGUGGCUUCUGCAGCAGCUAUAUCCGCCAUGUCAGUCAGCCAAGAAAGUAUUAGCAUGCGAUCACGCGGCUCAGGGAAUUCUGGGAAUUCUGGAAAUUGUAAUUUGGGGUAUUCUCAGGAGUAUCAGGCAGUACCGCCUUCAGCCAGGACACCAAGCCAGUCUGAGGAGAGUUUAGCUAGCGGAGGAGCGGCGGAGGAGACCAAACAUGGAGGGGGCAGCCCUGGAGGAAGAAAUCGACAGAGACCUACAGAGAUGUGGGAGCACCAGAGUCGGUCCUCCACUCCCAGCAAACUCCCCUUUUCCCCUCUUACACCUCCACUUACCCCCAGCAAGAUGCCCCGCUUUGCCUACCCAGCUGUACCACCCAAGGCCAAACAUUUCCAGUCUCCUAGCCGCCUCUACCAGCCUCAGCAUCACGCCCCUCCUUCCCCAACAUCUCCAUCCCCGCAGGCCUCCCCCACACAGAAGGGCUUCAGUUACCUCCAGGCCCAGGCAGGAGGAGCCCUAGAAGCUCCACGAGUUCUGCCAAAGCCUCUGGCCGGGGCUAUUCCUCUGUUAGUGCCUCGGCCGGGACCAGGCCCUACCAGUGACACUCAAAGAGGCCCACACAAGAAGCGCUCCCAGAGCCUGACCCGCUACGCUUUGUCUGACGGAGAACCGGACGACGAUGACGACCCAUCUCCCCCCUGCAACUCCUCUUCCUCUGCGAUCAUGCCCUCAUAUGCCACGUUGUCACGCAGGCCCGGACGCGGGCUUUCAAGUGCCACGGGGGCUCAACGCCACAUUAAUCGGAGCCACUCGUUUGCGGUGCGCUCCCGACGUAAAGGCCCUCCCCCACCACCACCAAAGAGGAUGAGUUCUGUAAGCGGCACUACAGCAACUGAGCCAGGAGCUGGGAGAGGACCAGGAUCAGAGGUAAAGGGAGGAGUAGAAAUAGAGAGCACUGGAAGCGUGAGGAGUAUUGCAGCAAGGUUAGAAGGAAGCAGCAGCAGCAGCAGUCCAUCCAGGAGGAUAGACAUACCUCCAACUCAGAUCCCAGGUUCAUCAGUCUUCAGCCCUGUUUCCACCCCGAUUCUCCCAGGAUCUCCUUGUAACUUCCCCCAAACACUCCAACACUCCAAGCCUGUACCUGCCCUGGGUAUAGGAGGCCUACGGAGGACAGGAAGUGAGAGAACAGAAGGUGAAACGGACAGACAAAGGGGUGGAGGUCCAGAGGGAACACUUGAGAAAGACAAGAGGAGACCCGAAAGACAAUCAAAGAGUGCCGAUGCAUCUCCAAAGCACAGCUCAGGGGGCCAUCUUCCUUUUGCAGAGGAAGGUAAUCUCACCAUCAAACAACGACCCAGGAUCGCAGUCGCUACUCCGCCAGGAGGUUCAGUCCAGACACCAAACAGCUUGGACCUCCCAGAGUUCAAUCUGAAAGAGUCAGACACAGUCAAAAGACGGCACAAACCCAAAGACAAAGAUACACCAACGCCUGAGGAGGCUACCACCCCCAACACCACAGAGCACAACCACAUAAUAACCAACAGCCUCCACACACAUAAUGACGUCAACACAUUGAGUGACGAUGAAUCUCCGAGGCCUGGGAUUGUUUUCCAAAGAAUAGGCUCCGUGGGAAAAGGCCCAAAACCUCCAGUAUCCACCAAACCCUCCACUCCUCUCAAAAACAGUCCUAGUAGCAGACCGGUAACCCCUCAAAAAACAGCCUCUGCAGUACAAACAGCCAUUCCUAAGCUGACCAGCGUACAGAUACACACAGUAUCCCCUGUGCUGGGAGGCAGUAUACACACUCAGACAUGUAUACCCAGUCCUAAACCUGUUAAAAACCCGCUCACGGUGCUCAUCAAACCAGAAAGUCCACAGAAACAAACAAGUGUUUUGAGGCUUCUGCAGUCCAGCCCUCCAUCAGCAGGAAUGAACCACAGCAUGGUCCAGAGUGUUGUGUUCACUGCUCCAUCGUCUCCGAUACCCGCCUCUUCUUAUCCCAACUCACCACUGCCGGCUCCAGUGGGGAAGGCGGGGCCUCCCCAGACUUCUGCAGCCUGUCUGGAUUUGUUGGCUCAGAAGAGGCUGGAGGAAACCAGCACAUCACUGGAGGCUGCACUCAAAGUGGUGGAGAACAAACUGGCACAGGGGACCAAAAUGGAUGGCGGCAGCAGCACAGUGAAGGCAGCAGGAAAUAUUCUAGAUGACAUUGGCAACAUGUUUGACGACCUGGCCGACCAACUAGACGCCAUGUUAGAGUGACUUCAUCCACAGAGGGAAGACUCCAACAGACAGGAGGGAAUCGUGUACACCUGAGUAUUUCCUGCACAGCCUUCCUCAAUAUCGUUCCUUUUUUUCUUUUUUGCCCCAACAUAAGCACUUCGCCUUAGGACACACACCUGGGAAUGUUAUUGGAGCAACAACAAACAGCAGCGGAGAGAUCUGCUUCCAGAUGUGUGAAAGGGAAUGAGGGUCCAUUUAUUUCACAUGUACGUUUCUUGUAAAUGUAUAGAUAUACUUUAUGUACGGUGUGGUGUGUUUGUAUGUAGUCAGACAUCUUUAUACUGAGCACAUUGUUAUAGUUAUAUUUAUACAAAUAUGUUUUUUUUAACAGAUGGAGUUCCUAUUGACUGAUUCAUUCAAGUUUACUGUAUAUUAGCAUUACUGUGUUAUAUAUAAAUUUAUUGUACAUAUAUACAUAUAUAUCGCUGCUUGUUAUCUACAACAUGGGGGAAAAUAUUAUAUUAAAAGCAGCAUAUUCCAUUUGAGUUUUAUGAGGGGAACAGCCAUACUUUAAAGCACUAUUGUUCAUAAAACUGAAAACACAUGUUGAUCAGGUGUGACCGCUGUGGAGAAAAGUGGUUCUUUGGACCCUGGGGGGUUCAGUCCACCUCCCACGUACAGUUUUACCGCUAGCCUCGGGCCGUUACGAAAUGAAUUUACUGUAAGUGUGCUUUAAACUGUGGCCUGUUAUAAAGCAUGUCAAGUUCUGUCAGACUUCUGAAAGAAUAUGUUCAUUAUUUUGUCAAAGUAACUGAAUACUUUAUCUGUAGAGGAGUCGUGUGGUUUGCAGAUUUGACAACGCGAGCAGGGGUCUUUUAUCACAUAGCAGGAUCCGUGGGUUAAAUUAGCCAUUUAACUUCAAGCUCGAAGUUUUUUUUUUUUUUUUUUUUUGAUUUGCCUAUUGGCUGUUUACAUGAGCUUUCUUUUUUUUUUUUUUUUUUUUUUUAUUUCAGAGCAAAUUCCAUAAAGAAUGACCAAAGCACAGUUUGCCAAAGCCAGAUAUCAUAUGUAGAACCUGUCAUAGUGAGAAGGGCCCCUGCUGCAGACAAGUCCUGAAAACCCCUAGAUGUCAUCAUCGAUUUAUGUUUUAUAAUUUUGUUUAUUUUCACAUGCACCUUAUUCAAUGCACAAAACUGAUGCUUUAACUCAUAAACAGUCGUACAUAUGUUCACUGUGCAGAUGAAAAAAGCCGUCACCUCUUCUUUCUUUUCACCCACAAAUCCCAGACUCCCACUCCACAGUGAUCCAGGAGGAAUUUUAAAAUAAGAAGCCAGUGUUUUUAUGAUAUUUUGACAUUAAAGGUUCAGAACUGACUUUCCUGUGCAGUUUUGAUAGUACCUGUUACUUUUAUGAAUUUUCAGAGUUCUGUAUUAUCCCAGAAACCAUUAAAAGAGGAUUUAAACUGAGAA